CGUAAAAUAAAUAAUUAAUCGGUCAAUGAACGUUUUCGUAGCCUUCAGUUUUAGUGAUUAUGCAACGUAUAAAAAACACGCUUGAACCUACUUUAUGAAUAUAACAUCAAGGUUAAUCGUUUUCUCUAAUAGAAUGGUUCGGUCUGACGUAAUUUGUUUUGAUAACGUCCCAUUUCUCUUUAUAAAAGUCGCAUGCGAACGUUAGGUAAUAGUCGAGGCCGUAGAUUUGUACUAACACUAGCGUAGUGUAUAUACAGUAGCCUGUAUUUGUUCGCAUUAACAUUACUCUGAGCAAUGGCGAUUGAUGGGGCAAUUACAUCUUUGCUGAUACUAGCAGCUAUUUUACUAUAUUGUUUAUACAAAUUUUUUAAGAAAAAUAAUAAUUUUUGGGAGUCUCAAGGAGUUUGUGUUGUAAAAAAACAUCCCAUAUUAGGUUCUUUCAAUGUCAUGUUGUUAAAACAAUGCCAUAUGGAGGAUAUGGAAAAUUAUAAAAAAUUAGGAAGAAUUUAUGGACGCUAUGAUGGUCAAACUCCAAUAUUGGUUAUCGGAGAUCCAGAGAUUCUGAAGAAAGUUUUAGUAAAAGAUUUUAAUGUAUUUCCUAAUCGUAGGCCUAUUCAAUUUGGUGAUCCUGUCAUUGAUAAUAGUGUUGGAAUGUUAGAAGGUUCUGACUGGAAGCGAGUUAGAAGUGUUUUAACUUCAUUAUCAACAGGUAGUAAAUUACGAAAGAUACUUUAUUUAGUAGAAGAUUGUUCUGAUUCAACAAUUGAAAGACUUUCAAAAGUUGCCAAAUCAGGAGAAUCUGUUGAUAUGAAACCAUUAUUUGGAAAAUAUGUUAUUGACAUAAUUGCUUCCUGUGCAUUUGGAAUUAAAAUAGAUGCAGAAGACAAUACUAAUCCUUUCAUUAUUAAUGCAAAUAAAUUAUUGCAAAGUUUUUUCUCAUGGAGAAGUUUUAUGACAGUAAUGUUUCCGCAAAUAAUGAAAAUUUUUAAAAUAUCUCUCUUUAAUCCCGAAAGUACGAAAUUUUUUCAAAAGUUUGUAUUAAAUGCCAUAAAUAAAAGAAAAAAUAGUGGAAAGGUACGAUUUGAUUUCUUACAAAUGUUGAUGGAAACUGAAAUGACAGAGAACAACAAUGGACAUGUAGCAAAUGGAAAAGUGUCUCAAGCAAAAAAUAUGAAUCUAGAUGAAAUUGUUUCACAGUGUUGUGGAUUUUUCAUUGCCGGAUAUCAUAGUACAAGCUUUACUCUUAGCAAUUUAUUUUACAAUCUUGCUCUGUAUCCUGAAUACCAAGAUAGGAUGAGAGAAGAAAUAAAUAAUAUUUUAGAAAAUACAAACUCAAUAGACUAUGAAAAACUCAAUGAAAUGAAAUAUGUUGAGGCAGCCAUUUUAGAAACAUUAAGAAUGUAUCCAGCUUUAGUAAGGCCAGAACGUGAAGCUGCCGAUGAUUAUAAAAUUGAUAAAUUAAAUAUAAACAUUAAGAAAGGAAUGCUAAUAAGUGUUGCUGUAUGUGGGAUGCAUUAUGAUCCAGAAUGGUAUCCUGAACCUGAAAAGUUUAAUCCUGAAAGAUUCGUCAAUACAGAAACUGCAUCUGCCUACACAUCGUCUUGCAUUUAUUUGCCUUUUGGAACAGGACCACGUAGUUGUGUCGGGAUGAGAUUUGCAUUAAUGAUAAUGAAAUUAUGCAUUGCCAAAAUAUUGAAAAAUUUCCAGUUUCGAUUAGCUCCAGAAUGCGAGUAUCCACCUCAGUUAGAUUCCAAAGAUGCCUUAUUGAAGAUCAAAAAUGUGAUUUUAAAAUUUGAAUUUCAUCAGUAAUAAUUAAAUAUUUUGUUAUCUUUUAUAACAAGAUAAUUUGACAUAUA